AUGAUUAACAGUAAGGUUGUGUUAUUGCCAAUUGCCGUCGGUAUCUUGAUGCUUGCAGCUAUCAAACAAGCCAGCUCUAUGGUGAUGCCUCAAAUCCACGUGCAACAAUUACACAUUCGAGAAGAUUCCAUUAAAAUCGGCCUCGAAUUCAGUAGGCAUAGAGUCCCUUCUCCCGUCCGUUACAACGAUGUCAACAUUACUUUGUAUCAUGCCUCCUCGGACCAAGUGGCCGGCCAGAGCGUCAUCCCGGGAUUCAACAUGGGUUGGGACGAGAAGACGGUCCAUCGGGAGGCAGUGGUGGCGGCUCGUGGGCUUCCAUGGGAAGAUGCGCUGCGGAAGAUUGGUGACGGGUCAACGGUGGAUUUGAGGGUGGCGUUGACCACCAAGUAUAGGACGGAUGACUAUGACGACUGCUGCUGUUGUACGGUGAAGAAGGCGAUGGCGGUGGCGGCCGACUUUCGGGUUGAUGGCUUCGGCAAAGCUUUAGUUAUCAAUUUAUCUUGUAAUUCUAUCCGCUUUGGUCGUUUUAAGGUGUUUUUAUGA